AUGGCCUGUCCCGUGAACCACCCCCUCUUCCACGCCCUCGUCUUCCUCAUCGGAAUACUCGUCGUCCUAUCCAGAUACGUCAGGGCAGAUGGCAUCCUCUCUGUCCCCCCACAUGGCAAUUUCGACUUCGACUUCGGCUUCGCUGCUACAGGGACAAGCUCGACUGGGGAUCUGGUGGAUUCGGAUUGGGUAGAGACAAUGCUGAGCUUGACGGGCGGGGUGGGGGCGGGGAUUCUCCUGAUGGUCAGGAGGAGGGGUAGCAAGGGCAGAUCGAUUGGGGAGAGGAGUGCGACGAGGCAUGGGCUUGCAUGGCAGCACGAGCUUGGGGACCUCUUAGUCACAUGA